AUGGAUUUUGACGCUGAUAAUCUGCUAGAUCAAUUCUUACAGCAGAAUGCUCUAGCUCAGCGAGGGUCGUCCUUUGGGACGGGUUCUUCUCAUUCGCAAACUCCGAUUCCCAUGACUAUUCCGGGAUCUCAUGACGAUGGGAACUCGAGCGUGGAAGGGAGAAUGGGUUUGAGAAUGAACAGUGGGGUUGCGGGCGGUAUGGGAACUAACGUUGAUGUUUCGGAAGGCAUGAGCUCCUCUGUGUCGACGAUUUAUGCUGAACAACAGUCUAGGCAGCAAAGUAUUUCCGGGAACCAAAUAGAUGCCGGAAACAUUCCCACAAGUUUUAUGGACGAGUACGUUUCGCUGUCUAAUAAUAAUAGGCCAGGGCCAGGUGGUCCUGGUCCUGGUCCUGGUGGUGCUGUCGGUAGUGUUGUUUCAGAUGUAGAGAGAAGAGGGCAUCCUGCGUUCGAACAUAUAAACCUUGACGAGACUACUAGGAAUCUUUUUGAUGAGCCGAUUUUCCAAGACGGUUCACAAGCUACGGAUGACCUGGCCAGUAGCUUCAACGACGAUUUUGUGUCAUCGUUGGGGUCUAGUAUCCAUAGUGAUCUGAUGACGCCAGUGUCUUCAUACCAGCCCCAUCCGUUAAACUCGUUUGACUCACAUUCGCUGAGUCAGAUGUCGUCCAGUUUGAGGUCUCCUUCUACCAGCUACAGGGGCACUUCACAAUUGUCUUCCUCGCUCAGAAGCAACAGAGGAACGUCCCAGCAGUUCCCAACCAGCAGCAGCUUGGCCUCUACUCCUAAAGAGCUUACUGGGUCCUCAUCGUUGGGUCCAGAGGAGAAGAUUCGCCGCAGAAGGGAGUUCCAUAACGCGGUAGAGAGACGUAGACGUGAGCUCAUUAAGGCUAAGAUAAAAGAACUCGGAACUUUGGUCCCUCCUACUUUGCUUCAUUCUAGCGAUAAUGGCAAAAAGGUAAAGGCAAACAAGGGUACUAUAUUGAUGAAGACCAUCGAUUACAUGGAGUUCUUAAAACAGGUGCUGGAAAUUCAAGAAGCCCAAAAGGAAAAACUAAGACAAAGGGUCCAUCAACUCGAAAUGAGAAAACAGCAGCUAGCAAACGCUAAAGGGCAUCACCAGGAACACCACCAUCAACACCCACAAGAUAACUAUCACCAGCACCACAAUAACGAAAGAAAUGAAAACGCAAACGUAAAUGUAAAUGUACAUCUAAACGACACAGAAGAUUACACAGCAAGGAUCAUAGAUGGCAGAGCAUACCCAGCGCUCUUAAAUGAAAGGCAUGAUGAUACACAGACCCAUGAAUCAAACCCACUACAUGACGAUCUUCAACAAUUUUUGUCCGGUAUAUUAAUGGAAAACGAAGAUAACAACAAGCUAAUGUUCAAUGGGCAUGACGAAAAUCCCGUAGAUAUUUUAUUAAAGUUCGAAGAGUGA